AUGGCAAUGCCAAUAGAGGAGUGGUACUAUGAAGUUCCGCUAAUUACCAGAACUUAUAUGACAGCAGCUGUGGCGACUAGUUUGCUAGUGUAUCUCGGUAUCAUAAGUCCUUAUCAGCUGUAUUUCAACUAUGAUUUAAUAGUUCAUAGACAUCAGUAUUGGCGUCUAGUUACCAAUUUUUUGUACUUUGGAACAUUCUCACUUGAAUUUCUAUUUCAUAUGUUUUUCCUAGUUCGUCACAGUCGAAUGCUGGAAGAAGGUUCAUUCCGAGGAAAGACUGCCGAUUUCUUCUGGCUGCUGAUCUUUGCUGCCACCGCCACACUUGUAAGCUUAACUGACCAUAUCAUGUCUCAAUCUGCUAUUGUGUUUAUUUCAUCAAAUGUUAAGUUUGCUGAUAAUUUACAGCUACUCUCUCCCAUCGCGAGUUUGUUACCUGGCCCGCCAAUGACAUUCCUCGGUUCACCACUGGCCUUUACGCUGGUCUAUAUAUGGUCACGUCGUAAUCCCUGGAUACGUCUUAAUUUCUUAGGUCUAUUUGUGUUUAGUGCCCCGUUCCUGCCAUGGGUACUACUAGGGUUCUCGUUACUACUCAAUAGCGGCUUUCCUACAGGAGAUCUCAUGGGAAUCGCGGUAGGCCAUAUUUACUAUUUCUUCGAAGAUGUAUGGCCGAAUGAAAGACAGAGUGGAGGAGUGCGAAUUCUGAAGACACCUGCGUUCAUAACCCGAUUGUUUGAAACAUCAGAUGAUGUUAACAUAAGACAGCCCGAAAAUAUAGGUUUUCCUGCUGACGAUGUUGAUACUGGUGCUGAUAAUGAACAACCAGAAAGUGCUGCUAACACAACAGAUGUUGCACCAGACGUAACCGCGCCAGCAACAUAG